GGGGACAGCUGACGCACCGGAGCGCAGCGCAGAUGAUCUGAGCGCAUCUUCGCUGCGGCUUCAGGGAGAAAUAAGGACGGGACAACUUCCCGCAGACUUCAACUGCGGUGUGCGCAUAACAUCUGAGGAGAGGCGGUGAUUCCAAAGCGCACAGGACAAUCUGGAGGUUAUGGAUGCACGGUCACAAACUCUGCGCGCCGCCACCAAACCAACAGCUUCCAACUGAUGGAGUUUAAGAUCACUUUUCCUCCUUCUUGGGAAGUCUUUUUCACUUCUGCCGACGAUGGUGGACGGAAAACAGUCACCGAGGAUCCCCGCACCUGAUAGUUCUGCCUCUGCCAAUGCGUGAGAGGAGAAGACGUGUUUGGUCUGAUGAAAUCUCGAGGCGGAUCAGACAGCAGCGGCAGGGCUAUGGGGAUCAGACCCGGGACAAAAGCACAACACCACUCCAAACCCGUCCCCAAAUUACACUUCACUUUUAUUUUGCUCCUGCUCGUUUUCACACCAAGAGUGGACUCUUCGUGGUGGUACAUUGGCGCGCUGGGUGCUCGGGUGAUCUGCGACAACAUUCCCGGCCUGGUGAACAAGCAGCGGCAGCUCUGCCAGCGGCACCCAGACCUGAUGCAGGUCAUCGGCGAGGGAGCUAAAGAGUGGAUUAGAGAGUGCCAGCACCAGUUCAGACACCACCGCUGGAACUGCAGCACACUGGAGCGGGACCACACAGUGUUUGGCAGGGUGAUGCUGCGAAGCAGCCGGGAGGCAGCGUUCGUGUACGCCAUGUCCUCGGCAGGAGUGGUUUACGCCAUCACCACAGCCUGCAGUCUGGGGGAGCUGAAGAUCUGCAACUGCGACGGCCACAAGCGCGGACAGGCGAGUGACGACAGGGGCAACUUUGACUGGGGCGGAUGCAGCGACAACAUCAACUACGGCAUCAAGUUUGCCAAGGCCUUCGUAGAUGCUCGGGAGAGGAUGGUGAAAGAUGCUCGUGCCCUGAUGAACCUCCACAACAACCGCUGUGGUCGAAUGGCAGUGAAGCGGUUUAUGAAGCUGGAGUGCAAGUGUCACGGGGUCAGCGGUUCCUGUUCUCUGAGAACCUGCUGGCUGGCCAUGUCUGACUUCAGGCGAACGGGAGACUACCUACGAAAGAAGUACAACACUGCCAUCGAGGUGACCAUGAACCAGGACGGGACGGGCUUCAUGGUCGCCGACAGGGACUUCAAGGGAAGCACCAAGAAUGAGCUAGUGUACAUCGAGAACUCGCCCGAUUACUGCCUCACGGACCGCACAGCAGGCUCGUUGGGAACGGCAGGCCGAGUGUGCAACAAGUCUUCCAGAGGCACCAAUGGCUGCGAGGUCAUGUGCUGUGGGCGGGGCUACGACACCAUGCGGGUCAAACGUGUCACGAAGUGCGAGUGCAGGUUCCAGUGGUGCUGCGCGGUGCAGUGCAAAGACUGCGAGGAGGUGGUGGACGUUCAUACCUGCAAGCCCCACAAGAGACCGGACUGGCUGGACAUAACUUAACAUGGAGAAACUGACCAAUCACAUUUGCCACUGACCCAUUAACCUCUGCGCUAAUGACUGCAAUUUAUCGUGAGAUAUAUAAGUGGGAUCUUUUAACUGUAAUUAUACCUCUGGCUUUUGACCCUUUGACUCUUUCUGAAGCAGAUCUUUUAGACUAUCUCUGGAUGAUGCUAAACUGGAAAUUAGAUCCAGUUACCGCGUGUUGCUUGGAUGAAUAUUUCUAAGAACAAUUUGCUGAGCUUUUUUUUUUUUUCGUUCUUAAUCAAACUUUGAUACACAACAUCCGAAUAUUAUAUUAUUCUGUUGUAAAUGCACCAUUUGAUGAGGAGGAGAUAUUGCUGCUUGUUUAUGUAAAGACCAUGUAAACACACGACUGAAGUCAAACUAAUGAUCACAGUAUUGAUCGGAAAUAACAUGUAUUUAGCCCGAGGAGAAAAAGAAAGAUUUUGUACAAACACCGACACUGUAUCACUUAAAUGACAUUAAGCCAUUGUAUGGUAAUGCAACAAAUCAUUUAAAACACAUGCGUCUGUUGGCUUCUUAUUAAUGCAAAAAAAAACAAACGCCUCUUUUUGAUUGAGGCCAAAUGAUGACACUGUGAAACAAAUAAAAUGAAACGCUUUUAAAGGCAGCACACAUGAGUACGUGCAGCAGCAGAGUUAGAUUUUGGUUUGGUUCCGGGGAGAAAUAAGGACACACUAACAGACGCCUCAUACGACUGUGGACUAUUGUCUUAAAGAUGCACCAUGUUUGCACAAUACCCUGCGUAUCUGAAUGUCUGUAACACAUUCUGUUGGUGUAUGCAAAACAUCCAAUACCUCUGUUUCAAUUGUUUCUGACACAUUUAACUCAGCACAGCCUCGCUGAAACCUUUGGGACAAAAUAAUGGAGGUUAAAAAAAAAGAAAGAAAAGUUGAACCCAGCUCAACUUUUGCUUCAAAUAAAAGUGAAAUGUCUUCCGUCAGGCACCUGGAUGAUCAGUCACAUGAAAGCAUAUUCGAUGUGUGCGACAAGAAUAUCGCAAAUCUACUAUUUAUCCGAUAAUCCAAUUAUUUUUGAUCUGGAGACUUGUCAAAGUUGUAAAUUCCUGUGUCCGCAUAGUAAAAGAGGGAUGAUUAGGGAUUGGGUGUCUUACAGUUUAAACCUCAUCUUGUAAGAAUGAUGUUCUCACACAACUAAAGUGAAUUUAACUACGUUUUCUAAGGAAUGUGUUUUCUGAUCCAAGCUUAUGUUACUUAUUAAUGACAUAUUAAUGUGAUCGUGUUUAAAUUGUGUGUGAGGCAUUAAUGAGCAAAUGAGAACGUUGUUAUGAAUAUGGUUGGGUUUAAACACAGAAACACCUGCUAAGGAAAAUAUUGUGCUUUUUCCCCCCAAGAAAACAGAGCGGGAUUCUGUGUGGAGUGUGUUGCUCGCCAUAUGAACACGUCAAAAUAUCCACAUACAUCACAAUAAAUCUUAGGACAUUU